GUUGUAUUUAUAAACGGACUGAGCGGUGCAAUGAGUUAUCUGUCAUUAAACGGAAAUAUCACAGUUUUCCUUUAACCUUCACAUUAAUAUUUCAAAAAAACUAGAGUUAGCUAAAUCUAAACGACUCGUGCUUGUAGAUCAGGGUGACAACACAAGCAUUUACUAAGAUUUAGUGACGGGCGUGUGUUCGCCGUAGGAUGGUGGCGGAGGGAGCUGCGGUGUUUCCCUCGUUAAACCGUCUUUACUUGAGAAAACAGUCACAGCACAGGUUGACAAUGUUACCAACAUCUGGUCGCCUGUCCAAAGUGCUGCAGCUCACCCUGGCGGUCAUCAAACCCGAUGCUGUAGCUCAUCCGCUCAUGUUACAGACUCUUCACCAAACAAUCCUGGAUAAUCACUUUGUCAUCGUUAGAUGCAAAGACCUCGUGUGGAGAAGACAGGACUCUGAGAGAUUCUAUGCUGAGCAUUCAGAGCGAUUCUUCUAUCAAAGACUUGUUGAGUUUAUGUCAAGUGGUCCCAUGCGUGCAUACAUUUUAGCCAGAGAUGAUGCCAUACAUCAAUGGAGACAACUGAUGGGACCCACUAAAGUGUUCAGGGCCAGAUACACCUCCCCGCUCUCCAUCAGGGGCCAGUUUGGCCUCACAGAUACACGUAACACAACUCAUGGCUCAGAUUCGGUGGAAUCGGCACAAAGAGAAAUCAAUUUCUUCUUCCCAGACUUCCGCGUGGAGGAGUGGAUGGAGAAAGAGGAGCCAUUGUUCAGAUUAGGCCAAAUAUAUUAUGACCAUCAGAAGCAGAUCCACACACGUUCAGCACCCACCUGACCCCAGACGACCUGUCAGAGCUGCUGGCGAAAAACAUAUUGGCACGAAUCAUGACAAACACUUUCCAGAAGGACUCAUCUGCUGUUUGUUCAUAUGUAAAUACAUUCUGCACAGGGAUGGUGAGCUUUUAUUGUUCACCUGACUCCUCACCGUGCCCACAUCUUUGUUCCAUGUUGGUGGUAUUAAAACAGAUCUGUGCUGUUUGAAUUAAUGAAA